GUAACAGGCCUCUGCAGACUGACACACUGACUGGAAGUUUAUUUCUAAGUUAAUGAAGUAGCAGAGAACUGUCAAUUUAGGACAGUGCUUCUCAAACCUGUCCUGAGGACCCCCCACCACUGCAGAUUUUGUGUCUCCCUCAUCUAACAUACCCGAUUCAAUUCAUCAGCUCAUUAGUACAAACUGCAAGACUUUAAUUGGGUGUGUGUCUGAUGAGGGAGACAUCCAAAAUGUGCAAUGGUGGGGGUCCCCAGAACAGGUUUGAGAAGCACUGUUCUAGGAGGCCUGAGGAAGGUGAUGUGGUUCCAUUGCCCCAUUUCCUGAAACACCAAAGUAAAUGCCAUUUUCAGUCACACUGGGUGGCGUUUGAUUUUAAGAGUGUUAAAAGUGAUACAUCUAACAUUCUUUCAGACCUUUGGAACUGCAGACAUGAGCACCUUGACGCAUUGUUGGAUGCUGUUAUAUUUUUGCAUGUUUGCUUCACACACUACUUACUCGUUCAUCCUGACUCAGUCACCGAGCCUCACACACGUCUCAGUCGGUGGCACUGUAAAAUUAACAUGUACAUUUGAACAGAAAGUUUCUUACUGCUAUACUGCUGCAACAUGGCAAAAGUUGAACCUACGGACUGGUAAACUCACAGCAGCUAGGUCUAUCUCUCAGUCUGAUUUUCUUCAACAUGAUGAUAAAACUUGCGUUGUUAGUUUUACAAAUGUAACACCGAAAGAUUCAGGUUUGUACUAUUGCAUUAGCCAUCAUAACUCAAUGGCUGUUAUCGGCAGUGGAAGCAAGGUGAUCGUAACAGAUCACUCUGUUGAGGAACCAAAACUAUCCAUCUUAUACCCACCACAAGAACCUGACUCAUCAUCAGUAGCACUGCAGUGUCUUGUGACCGGAGUCAUCCCGUCUCAAGUGCGGGUGUUCUGGAUAAUUGGAGAGAAAGAGCAUGUUGGAUGGACCGAAUCAGCCUGGACAGACGCCACUGAUUCAGCCACAGAAUUCACGCGUGCUCAUCUCUCUGUUCCUGCAGAGGAGUGGACUGAAGAUGAUGAAAUCCAAUGCUUUGCUGAAUAUAAUGGCAAGAACAUCUCCAAAACUCUGAAGCGAUAUGAAACCAAACCAAUCUACUCCUGGCUUCUGUACACCGGCUGCGUGGCAGCGCUCCUUACCAUACUUGUAACCAUCAUUAUGUCUGUGGGAUUAUACCAUGAUAUGUCGAUGAACAAAAAAUCCAGAGGGCUCACAAGAAAAGAUGCUCACCGCAAAAUUUCAUAUGGUAAACAGAACACACUGAGAGGAGAGAGUUCAUCUAUUAUAAAAGGCACAGAAAAUUGUGAAGACUGAACUAAAAUUUUUACUGUAUCUGUGUCUUUUGCUGUUUCAAAACAACUAUUUAUUGUGCGCUAUUUAGAACAUUUACAGAGAGAUUUUUGUUUUUGGUUUUGUUUGUUGCCAAAAAGAUGUAAAUUGGACUUUACGCCUUUCUUUACUUUUUAAUCAGCAGACAAAAUUCUAGUGAGACGAAUGAUUAAAUAAUAAGCAAGCUCUAAAUAUAUAUUAUAUGAACAAGGCUUGUGAUAAUAUUAAAUGGGGGAAAAAAAGAUUAUUGUGGUGGUUAUUGAAGUUUGAUGAAAAUAGUUUUUGCCUGUAAGUUUGUUAUAAAACUCAUUUUGCAUUGUGGGGUGUGAGCUCUUACUUGUUAUAUUGGUGAAAGUUUUAUUGGAGCUUGGCAGUGGUCACUUCGAAUGUCGUGGAAUGGAAAAGAGUUGUGUGCAUAUUCUUUAAAAAUGUUCCUUUGUAUUACAUGGCUCUCUAGAUCAUUUGAUUCUGACUGGUCAAUUGUGGCAUUGAGCUGUUAAAUAAUGACCAGUAAACUGUAUAUUUGAUGGUUGUGCUGCUUGCAAGUUUCUUGUAUAAGUCUGUCUCUCUCUAUUCAUACUAAAAUAAGUUGGAAUAACUCAUCUUGCAUCUCAAAACAAGAAGCUAACUGGGGUAAAAAUGGUUGGAAGACUUUAUAAUAUUUUUGCAAUGCUAUAUAAUAACAUAACUGCUGUAGGAUUUGGAAUGACAUAAGGGAGCAAAAUAUUCCAUCAAACAAUAACACGCAACAUAAAAUAAAAUAAUUUUGAGAGAGUGAGAAAA